AUGAAACAUGGAUCGGUUGGAGCUGUGGACGAAGCAACAUUUCAGCUGCACAUGGACUAUAUUCAUAACCCACACAAUCUUUUCACCGCGUGCUCUAUCUUGGCUACACAUGGCUUCGAGGAUAUAGACCGCCGGGCUUCCAUUUACAGGGACAUCACGACACUAGUGCAGCUACGUCAACAGGACGCUGCCUGGGACGAGUGUCGCAGGAAACUUCGUACUCUGGUACAAAGUGAUAAGGGGGAGUUUUUCAGUACACAGCGCAUACGGGAUGAUGAUGAUUAUAAAUUUCGCCCUCUGCAGACUGACGAAAUUCAAAUUGAAAAAGAAAACAUCAGAUACGCGAUACAUGUUCUUGACGACUUUUUUGAUUGUGGAGCACAUACCAUGUCGAUCCAGGAGCUCUCUGAGUUGUCGCCGACAGGGUGCAUAGGUCACUUUUUGGGAAGGUGCAUUGGUCGAAAGCGGGAGGGCAAGCCGGAACAAGAGCAGCAUGUUUAG